AAACGCUCUGGGGGUGUGGUCUAUCAUAACGGACCCAGCCAAAUCGUAGAUCACUUCAGGGGCCGCACUCAGAUCGUGGGCGACCUGAACCGUGGCGACUGCUCCCUGGAGAUUGAUGACAUCAAGCCCUUUGACAAUGGGCCUUUUUGCUUCAUGGCUGAAAAAGAAAGUAUAAAAUACCGAUUCAACAACAGCUGUGCGUUUGUGCUCAUGGAUGCAUCCCCUGAAAUACCUGUGAUGACAAAAACUUUACCAGAGGCUGCAGCUGGAUCUGUUAUGACAGUUUCUUGUUCAGUGACUCACACAUGUCCAACACACGCCCCAAAGUUUGUGUGGAGCGUUGCAACCUUGACCAAUGAAGUUACACACACCGCUCUGAAACCUGGCAUCUGGGAAAUCACCUCCAACAUCUCCUUCAUUGUACCUAAUGAAGAUGGGAAACUAAGUGUGACAUGCACAGCUGUCUUCUGGCGGAACAAACAGGAAUCUAACACAGCCCACUUCAUUGUUAAAGGUUCUCUGAUUAACCAGAUGAGAAGCUUGGUUCCCAUUGUUGCUCCAGUCUCAUGUCUUGUCCUUAUAGUCAUAAUAUUAGCUGUGGUGUUUGGAGUGAUCAUUUGCAAAAAGAGGAGAAAAUUGGAUGACUCAGACAGACCUCCACCUCGCCCAGAAAAAAGGCAGGUCGCUGUUUGAAAGACUGAACAG